AUGAUGGCAAGGAGAACGAUUCGAGUGGAUUCCUCAACAAUCCUCAUCGCGGCAUUAGCCGCAAUCGUUGUGCUCAUUGUUAUCUCUACAGCUAUCAUGCUCCUUAUAAUGAGACAUCGGAAAAAGCACUAUAAGGAACGGCUUGCAAAGACAUGGGAACAGCGUGUACGAGAAGCUGCACAAGAGUUGGAACAGCAAUCAUUAGAAGGGGGCAAAGCUGGACGACGACGUCGGAGAGAAUCGAGAGACACCACAACAAAAGACCGUUCAAAAGAGGGAUCAAAAGAAGCUUCCAAGGAACAGGGAUCGAAAGAUGCCCUGUCGAAGGAGGCAGGUUCUGCAGAAAAAGCUGCCCCUUUGGGUGAUCUCCAAGCACUUGCAUUCGCUGCGGGUGAUGUGCAAAGGUAG